UACGGAGUUGUUCCCCUUUUAUUAACAUACGACAUUUGUUCGUAAUAAGAUUGUGUAAGAUUCCUGUUGUGUACUUUGCUUUUAAUCAGCGAAUUAGUUGUAUUUUCUUUCCAAGGACAUUAGUCAAGACAGUACAAUAUCAGUAGAUACCAAACCGCAUGCAUGUUCAAACUUACGUUGCCUACAAAAUACAGCAGGUGUUACUUUGUAAAGGAUUGAAUGCUACAUGUGCUAAAAAACACUUAAAUUAAAAAGUAUAUCAAAAACUAUUCAACAGUUCAAUCUUAUCAUUUACUUAUUCCAGUGAAACUUCUGUUACCUGAAAAAAUGCAAGCAUUUAACCACGGAAUAUGUCGGAAUUGUUUCCGUAAAUUAGCUAAAUUAAGAUUGAUGUGUAUGUCUAUCACAUCGCAAAAAAGACUGUAUUCAUGUGAGUGGAAAUCUAAAGAUGUUCGUAAGCAGUUUAUUGAUUAUUUUCGCCAAAAGAACAAUCAUGAGUUUGUGAAAUCAUCGUCAGUCUUACCUUGCAAAAAUGCAGGUACUUAUUUUACCAAUGCUGGGAUGAAUCAGUUUAAACCAAUUUUUCUUGGAACUGUGCCUGAAGGAUCGGACCUUGGAAGACACAAGAGAGUGGUAAACAGUCAGAAAUGUGUGCGAGUAGGUGGCAAGCAUAAUGACCUAGAUGAUGUAGGUCGUGACCUCACACACCACACUUUCUUUGAGAUGCUCGGAAGCUGGUCAUUUGGUGAUUAUUUCAAGAAAGAGGCAUGCAGUAUGGCUUGGACUUUGUUAACUGAAGUAUACAAGCUCCCACUACAGCAGUUAUACUUCACAUAUUUUGGUGGCAACUCAGUACUUGGUAUAUCACCUGAUUUGCAAUGCAAGGAAAUAUGGCUAGAACUUGGGGUACCAGAAGCUCAUAUUUUACCAUUUGGGAUGGAUGAUAACUUUUGGGAUAUGGGAGAAACUGGACCAUGUGGGCCUUGCACAGAAAUACAUUUUGAUCAUGUUGGAAAUAGAGAUGCUUCCAGUUUGGUCAACAUGGACUCACCUGAAGUUGUGGAGAUUUGGAACCUGGUUUUUAUGCAGUACAAUAGAUUGGGUCCAGAGAGGUUGGUACCCCUGCCUUCCACACAUGUAGACACUGGUAUGGGCCUAGAGAGAAUUUGUGCAGUACUACGGGGAACCAUGUCUAACUAUAACACAGAUCUUUUCCUGCCAAUAUUUGAUGUUAUACAGAAGGAAACAAAUGUAGCAGUAUAUAAAGAUGAGACUGGUUCCAGUGAUGCUGACAAAAUUAACACUGCCUACAGAAUCAUAGCAGAUCAUGUUAGAAUGGCCACAGUCUGUAUAAGUGAUGGACUGCUACCAGGCAAAGAAGAUCUAGAGGUCAAAUUACGUGGUGUGAUAUACAGAGCAUUAUAUCAAUGUCAUCAAAUCAUGAAAGCCAAUCCGGGUCUCCUGGGAAAAUUAGUGAACCCAGUAGCUGAAUCUCUGGGUGAAACAUAUCCGGAAAUAUCUACACAUGCCAAAAAGGUAAAAGAAGUGUUGGAUGUGACAGAAGAUCGCUACAUACAGUCUCUUAGUGAUGGAAGAAAGAACUUUCUGAAACUGAAAAAGAAAAAUCCAAAUUUAACAAAAUUAAAUGUUGAAUACAUUAAAAGACUACAUGAUGGUUACUAUGGAAACAUAGUGUCAACAGAAAUGAUAGAACUGAUUGCCCCAGAAUACGGUCUUAAAAUAGAUGUAGAAGAUUUGAAAAGUUACUUUGAAUAUCGACAUGGAGCUCAUGUGACCCCUACGGAGGUAGAGUACCCAUGUUUUACAGCAGAACUGUUGAAUGAUUUAUAUAACAACAAUAUACCUGUCACAACCGAUAGUCACAAAUAUGAGUACACAAAAUCUGCAGGAGGAAAAUAUGAGUUUCCAGUGAUUGAAGGAAGGAUAGAGUGUAUGGUUGAUGAUUGUAACAAGUUAAGUAAGUCUGUAUCAGAACGUUCGACAGUUGCUGUUAUAGUUGAUAAGACACAGUUUUAUGCUGAGAAAGGGGGACAAGUGGGGGAUAAAGGCUUGAUUAAAACUCAGACAGGUAUGGUGCAGGUAUAUGACACACAAUCCAGUCAUGAUUAUGUUCUACAUAUAGGACAUGUUAUACAAGGUCAUGUAGAAACAAGUCAGCCAGCAUCACUCAGUUUAGAUUCUGAUUGGAGAGUUGGAUGUACCAGGAACCACACAGCAACUCAUCUUGUAAACUCUGCCCUACGACAAGUUAUUAGAAGUGAUGUCACACAAAGUGGGUCCACUGUUACCUGUAAUAAACUAACAUUUGACUUCUCAUGCUGGGGCACUUUUUCUGAUGAAGACAUACAGAAAGUAGAUAAAUUAGUAAACAGAACUAUAGAAGAAAAAAUUCCAGUACAGAGAAAUCUUGUACCCUUGAAACAAGCUCUAGAAACUCGGGGAAUGGUUUAUCUAGAUAAUGUGGUGUAUCCAAGUGAGGUAUAUGCUGUGACAGUUGAAGGUCAAGGUCGGGAAGAUUCCUGUGUUUCUAAAGAGUUGUGUGGAGGGACGCAUGUAUUUAACACAGGUGACCUUGAAGAUUUCUGUAUUACUAGUGUUCAAGGUCAAACCAGUGGUACUAAAACUAUUGUUUGUCUAACAGGGGAACCAGCCAGACAGGCAAAACAGUUGGCGGAACAGGUAGAAUGUUUAUAUACUGACCUUACAAUAAAAGUGAAGGAAGAAAACUUAAAACAGUGUACAGAGUUACAGAAACAGAUAAACACGGUACUGGGAACGGACAUGUUACCAAAGCUGUUCAAGGAUAAAAUGACAAAUAAAAUAGUUGCUAUAGGAACGCACAUAAAUACUUUAUACAACAAGCAAGCCUUCAUACAGCUACAACAGGACUUGUUAGUUGGAAUGAACAAUGAAGAAGAAUAUAUUAUAUAUAACUUUAAUAUGAAAGUUUUACCAAAGCUAAACAAAAUGAUGAAAUCUCAGAUAAUUUUAAAGCCAUUGAUGCUGGUGGUGGAGACAUCAAAUAAAACAGUUGCUUAUGUUGCAUUUCCUAAGAGUCAAGAAGAGGAUAGGUCAGAAGUGGUGAAAAUGUUGUGUGAUGAUGUUAACGGGAGUGUGACACAGUCGGAGGAAAACUACCAGUUGGUUUCAUUAAAAGGAAAACAUACACAACAAUGCAUAGACUGUUGUUAUAAAAUAAUGGAAGGCAGAAGGAAAGAUACUAUAAAAUUUUGAUAAAUGUAAAUGAAUUUUCCUAUUUGUUAGUUUAAUUAUUGAAAACUUUUUGUGUGGAGUUGUCCAUGGAUUGAUUGGAGUGUAUUUUGAAUUUUACUAUCAUAUUAAAUAAUA